AUGUAUUUCAGCGGUGACGGGUGUCUCUUCGUCGGACACAGAUCUGACAACCAACAGCCGCCCGCGAGCGUGGAGAUCCUCAGGAUGGACGACGAGACCGCACUCUUCCUGAUUCCCGGAUGGCACACUCGUCCAUGGGCUCAUGAAGACGAGGCUUUCCCCCAAACCCGUUCCAAAGACCUUUGCCGAAACCUCGCUUCUUCAGCCCAAGAAGUACCUAAGUUGAGAACUUUUGUUCGGCUGCUAUUGUGGAUGGCACCGGCAGCCAACCUCGAUCGGGUUUUUGCAGCCGAAAAAUGUCCAAGUCUUCAUGUUGAAGUUCUGGCGGCCAACCUUGACGAGGUUCUGACUGGAGCAGGUUAUGGGGAUCGGUUGGCAGAGCCAUGGGACAAUGUGGAUGAGCCUCCACGUCCAAAACCGCUCAUUGCCAGUCUGAUCACCAUCAACUUCUUUUCCAUCCAUCGUCAGCAGCUCAUGUCCGACAUAACGUCCCUCCAGUUCCCUCCAGUAACUGCAGUACUACUUGCAAGCACGGCAGUGGUAACACUGCCGUGUCUCUUGGGUAUCCUCCCCUUCGGCUACAUAUAUCUGAACUGGUCCUCGGUUGUGUUCAAGCUCCAAGUCUGGCGCAUAGCGACCAAUGUGUUCUUCGGUGGCACCGGCUUCCCGCUCAUCAUGGACUUUUUCCUCCUAUUCCGCACCUCUACUGCUCUAGAGGCAGGCUACGUGUCCGACAUUGCCUCAUACGUUUGGACCCUCGUGGUGCUGUACUCGACGAUUCUUGGUUUAUCUGUUCCGCCCCACAUUGACAUCCCUGCUGUAUUUGUGGUCGAAGGAGAACCCAACUGCCAAAGUCAACCUCUUCGGGCUUGUCAGCAUCCCGACAAGACUUGGUUCCUCACCGUUUACCUGCCGUUGCAAGCUCCCACCGGUGUGCGACGCCCCAACCCACUCCCUGUACCCAGGUGGUUCCGCCAGCUGUUUCGUCGGUCUCGACAGACAACACCGGGACCAGCGUCAUCGAGCGUUGCAAGCGGCGUCAAUGUGACCAACUUCCGUAGUGACGCUGCGAAUGAGGUGAGGCAUCGUUGGGGCUCUGGCCAGAGGCUUGGUGGCAGCGCCUUGUAA